AUUGGAGGUCACGUGACACGAACACAGACAUUAAAAUCUGAAACUUGUCAACAGAAGCGAAGCUUUUGUGUGAGAAUUAAUCAAAUGAAGAAAGAAGAGAGCACUCAGCCUUGUGAUUCAGAGCCCUGGACUCCCACGGGUGAUUUCCAGCAAGCUAAUCACAGUGGUUAUUUUGAGGGAUCUCAACCAGGCCUUCCACCCACUGCCUCCAUGACCACACUCCAAACAUCUCAGCUGAUACCGACCUUCUAUUUGCUCUCCUAUAAUCUGCCCCUAAUGUCAGGUGUUCUUAUCCAGAACCAGCCACCAGUGGCGGUGAACACAGCCCAGCCCCUACAGCCUGCCUCUGUGGUGGAGCAGGGGAACAGGGAUGUUGCAGCUGGCCCACAGGCUGGUGACUUUUGUGGUAACGUGACCAACUACCAGCAGGAGAUCCCGAUGCUCGCCGUUCCAAUGGCUGGUGAAGGCCCCAGGUACCAGCGUCACAGGGUGUCUCCAGAGAUGUUUCUGCAGAGGAGGGAGCUGAGGUUAAGGCUCAACAGGGAAGCAGCAAAAAGGAGUCGGCAACGGAAGGCACAGUAUUUAACAUUCCUGAGAAAUCGCGUGGAGGAGUUGGAAAAUAAAAACAAGAUGCUGAAAGAGGAACUUCGAGCCUUAAGAAGCAUGUACGGAGCCCCCGCUGAACUUAAACCACUUUUAUGUGCCGUAAAAACUCAGCAUUAAAUCUCAGUA